GUAAAAGCCAGACAUGGAGUAUGCCACGUAUUACGCACGGUUUAGCUGGUUCCCAAAGGAUCACCAAAUUUACCUAAAUUUGAUCCCUGCUAUUUUACAACUGAUGUUGGUUGUGACAAAUCUGUUCAUUCUUGUCGUGUUCUUCAGGAGAAAAUGGUUUGGCGGUGUUAAUUUGAUUCUGAUCGGCAUGGCUCUUUCAGACAUGGCGUCCGUAGUAUUGCUCUUAGUUUCAUAUUUGUUCGCUCUGACAUUACACAUUCAUUCUGUGGACCCACAAAGUGAAUUUCAGAUUCAUUUUUUAUGUAUUACUUACAAAUAUGGAACGAACUUGUCCAUCACAUUCAACAUGACAUCCAUUUGGUUGAUGAUGUUUCUUGGCAUCGUAAAAUUUAUUUUGGUCCGUUUUCCGCUGAAGGCCAAGCUUUACACGACAUCCAGAAGAUUGUUGAUGGGAACAAUGACGAUAUACCUUAUAACUCUCUUAUACAAUGUCCCCCGGUAUCUCACGGACAAUUAUGAUAUCGCUGCAAAAUUGUAUCCUAGAAAAUUGAAAGAGACCGGAAGUUUCUAUUGUGCUAUAAAGAGUAUCAAGGAUAAAAAUUUUCAAAUGUUUUUGCAGAGGGAUGAUCUACUGAUUCGAUCAAUUUGUGUCCAUGUCAUACCUGUUGUUGUCUUGCUGUGUACAAGCACAUACUUCUGUUACAAACUAUCAAAAAGAAGUUAUGAUUUCAGUCCCACACCAGCAUCAAAACGAUCUGUAAAAAUUGUCACUGCUCUCACAAUUGUGCAUUUAAUAUCUGAAAUACCAUUUUCUGUUUUCUUUUGUUUGCAAUAUUAUAUGGUAGUUACCAAGCAGCCAUUAAAUUUUAUAUUGGAAAAUGGCUAUCAAUUGAUAUUUGCUUUGUACGUAUUGCGCUUUAUGAAUUACCUAAGUAACUUUUGGGUUUACAUUUUGUUUAACAAGAAAUUUCGGGAUACGUGCAGGUCCUUUUUCUGUCGUUGUAGAAGUCAGGCUAUUAUCUAACCCAGAUAUAUUACAAUUAUAUAAGAAGCCAGAGUACGUGCCAGAUAUGUUUUAGACAUUUGACAUAAUAUAUGUAUGGAUCUUAACAUGGCAGAAUAAAUUUUCAAUGUCA